AUGAAAUAUUUAUGUAAAUGUUAUAGAAAUUUACCAUUUGUAUUAAGUAUUGGUGCACCCAUAUCGUUUUUAUUAACGUAUGGUAUUGCCGUUGGUAACGAUCACGUAUCGUGGCUUUGGCCUUAUAUAAGUGAUACAGGUACACUACCACCGGAAAAUUGUAUUUUUAGCCUUUUAUUAAAUUCCUUUUCUUUUAUACUUAUAGGAGUUAUUUAUUUGAAAUACAGAAUCGUAUCUGAAUUGGUUAAAUAUAAAGAAACGGUUAACAUAAAAUCAUUUUUUAAUAAAAUGUCCGCCAUUUUUGGUUAUUUGUCGUGUUUCGGUUUGAUUAUUGUUGCUAAUUUUGAAGAAACGAGUCAAGUCGUUGUUCACAUAUCCGGUGCCAUCGGUGGAUUUUCAUUUGGAAUACUUUAUUUUAUCACUCAGACGAUAUUUACAUAUAAAAUUGAUCCGUUAAACAAGAGACUAUUUUGGAUAAGAACAAUAUUGACCAUUUCUUCCAUUGUUUCCACGGCUUGUUUCUUAGGACCCAUCAAACCUGCGAUGGAAAAUUUCACUGGGGAUAAUUUUCUUAAAUGGACGUCACAAGAUGGCGGAUACGGGUAUCAUUUGACGAGUACGUUUUUCGAAUGGAUAUUAAUGCUUUCCUACGCUGGUUUUUGUUUCACUUUUUAUUUCGAUUUUCGUAAAGUUCAAAUCAUUCCGCCGCAAAUAAAAGCAAUUUAUGGAUUUAGUUGUUGA